AUGUCUAAGUCAAAGGAUUCUGGCUCUUCCAUCAUGCAUACCCAGCAGAUGCAUGCUGCCAUGGCAGACACCUUUAUUGAGCACAUGUGCCUGCUGGACAUUGACUCUGAGCCUGCCGUGUCUCGCAACACUGGCAUCAUCUGCACAAUCGGACCUGCCUCCCGUUCUGUGGAUAUGUCCAAAGAAAUGAUCAAGGCUGGGAUGAACAUUGCAAGAAUGAACUUCUCUCAUGGUACACAUGAGUACCAUGCUGAGACGAUCAAGAAUGUCCGUGAGGCAACUGAGAGCUUUGGACCAGGAUCUGUUGAGUACAGGCCAGUGGCUAUUGCUCUGGACACUAAGGGACCAGAAAUCAGGACCGGUCUUAUCAAGGGAAGUGCCACUGCCGAGGUAGAACUCAAAAAGGGGGAAACCAUCAAGGUCACACUGGAUGACCAGUACAAAGAGAAGUGCGAUGAGAAGUUUCUGUGGCUCGACUACAAAAACAUCACCAAAGUCGUCCAGACCGGAAGCCACGUCUAUGUUGAUGAUGGUCUCAUUUCCCUAAAAGUCAAAGAAGUCGGUAACGACUACCUGAUGUGUGAGAUUGAAAAUGGUGGUAUGCUUGGCAGCAAGAAGGGAGUCAACCUGCCCGGCGCGGCCGUCGACCUGCCCGCUCUGUCUGAGAAGGACCUGCAGGACCUGCAGUUUGGCGUGGAGCAGGGCGUUGACAUGGUGUUCGCCUCUUUCAUCCGUAAGGCUGCUGACGUUCAAGCUGUCAGGAAAGCCCUGGGCGACAAGGGAAAGGACAUCAAGAUCAUCAGCAAGCUGGAGAACCACGAGGGUGUGCGCAAAUUCGAUGAGAUCCUGGAGGCUAGUGACGGCAUCAUGGUUGCCCGUGGAGAUCUGGGUAUUGAGAUCCCAACAGAAAAGGUCUUCCUGGCCCAGAAGAUGAUGACUGGAAGAUGCAACAGGAUUGGAAAGCCCAUCAUCUGUGCCACUCAGAUGCUCGAGAGCAUGACGAAGAAGCCCCGUCCUACCCGUGCUGAGGCCAGUGAUGUUGCCAACGCUGUGCUGGACAGCAAUGACUGCAUCAUGCUGAGUGGUGAGACCGCCAAGGGAGAGUAUCCUCUGGAGUCUGUUCGCACACAGCACAGGAUUGCCCGUGAGGCCGAGGCCGCCAUGUUCCACAGGCAGAUGUUCGAGGAGCUGCGCCGCACUUCUCAUCUGACCCGUGAUCCCACAGAGACCGUCGCCAUUGGCACUGUGGAGGCUUCCUUCAAGUGCUGUGCCAGCGCCAUCAUCGUGCUUACUAAGACUGGCAGGUCUGCUUACAUGCUGUCAAGGUACAGGCCCCGUGCCCCCAUCAUCGCUGUGACCCGCUGUGGUCAGACCGCCCGCCAGGCUCACCUGUACCGUGGAGUCUACCCCGUGCUCUACACCAAGCCCGCCAAUGACGUCUGGGCUGAGGAUGUUGACAUGCGUGUAAACUUUGCCCUGGAAGUUGGCAAGCACCGCAAAUUCUUCAAGUCCGGUGACGUGGCCCUUGUUGUGACCGGCUGGCGCCCAGGCUCCGGUUACACCAACACCAUGAGGGUUGUGCUUGUGCCUUAA